AUGUCCAAGGAAACUGACUCCGAGACCAAGCCGGUUCGCAGCGACAUCCCCGCCAUGUUUCGGCCCCCCGUGAAUCGCACCAUGCGCGUGCUGGACCGGUCGUUCUUCAAGCGAACGGUGCCGGUCUCUGCUGCCACGAUCUUCAAGACCUCGGAUAUUGCGACUGUGCGACAAGCACUGCACAAGAAACGCGACUUGUUGGCGCUGCCCAGAAUGGCCACGCUUCGGGAUAUCAAGCAGGAUGAUGUCGUGCGCAAAUGCUUGUUGCUGCGCGAGGAGAUCAAGCAUGACGACACGGCGACCUGGUCUCCUACUGUCUCCGAAUUAGUUGAGAAGGGCAUGGUGAGCGUUGGCCCUUACGAUUUGACGAUUGACUAUGAUUACUGGUCCUAUGCCGAUCUCAUGGCGUCCAUUCUCCCCGAAGAGCUGUGCGACGAAAUCCCCCAGGGCUUCACCCAAGUCGGGCACGUCUCCCACCUCAACCUCCGCGAACAAUACCUUCCCUACAAACAGAUCAUCGCCGAGAUUCUCUUGGACAAGAACCCCACCGUGAAGACGGUAAUCCGCAAGACCGACGACGUGGGCUCGCACAGCCAAUUCCGCACCUUCCCCUUCGAGCUGCUCGGGGGGGUGAACGACCUGAACGUCAUCCAACACGAACAGAACUGCGAGUUCCGGUUCGACUACUCGCGGGUGUACUGGAACAGCCGGCUGGAGACGGAGCACCGGCGGCUGGUGGACAAGUUCCGGCCUGGGGAGAUGGUGUGCGACGUGAUGGCGGGCGUGGGGCCCUUCGCCGUGCCGGCGGGCAAGAAGAAGAUCUUCGUCUGGGCCAACGACCUCAACCCGCACGGCUACGAGGUCAUGCAGGAUGCGAUCCAGCGCAACAAGGUCGACAAGUUCGUGACGCCGCACAACCUGGACGGGCGCGACUUCAUCCGGUCCUCGGCCCGCCGGCUCCUCGCCUCCCCGCUCACCGUGACGAUCGAGCCCAAGGUCCGCCGCAGCCAGAAGGACACCGCCCCGCCGCCGGAGGUGUUCCACCGCCCCACCGUCUUCCAGCACUACGUGAUGAACCUGCCCGGCAACGCGAUCGAGUUCUUGGACGCCUUUGUCGGGGUGUACGCCGGUGAGGAGGCGCGGUUCGCGCCGCACACGGCGCAGCAGCUGCCAAAGGUGCACGUGUACUGCUUCUCGGGCCAUUCCGAGGACGAGCACGACGAUCAUGUGGACAUCUGCCAGCGCAUCUCGGAGCGCAUUGGGUUCGAGAUCACGACGGAGGACCGCGUCGGGGGCAGCGGCCGGCAGGAGCUGGAACUGGCCAUCCACAACGUGCGGUUGGUGAGUCCCAACAAGCAGAUGUUCUGUGCCAGUUUCCGCCUGCCGGAGGAGGUGGCCUUCAAGACGGUUGCAUAA